GCUCCAGCAACCAAGUGAGCAGAGGGCACACCGUGUGCACACCCGGAACUUCACUAGACUAAGGAGCUCAGCCCUACAACUAUGCUGAGGUUGGCCCCCACCGGCAGGCUGCUGCAAGCCCCACUGAGGGGUUGGGUGGUCCCUAAGGCACACAUCACUGCCAAGCCAGCCAAAACACCCACUUCUCCGAAGGAGCAGGCCAUUGGGCUCUCUGUGACGUUCCUCAGCUUCCUGCUUCCUGCCGGCUGGGUCCUGUACCACCUGGAUAACUACAAGAAGAGCUCAGCAGCAUGAAGGCUCUGCGGUCCCCACACCUGGCACAGACAGGAAGAUCAGAUUAAAGCCCUCCUCUUUCCUCA